AUGACGAAAGGCGGCCCCGUUGCAUCUGCACUUUUGGAUUUUUCCAGCGGCAAUCUAGCGGGUAGAAACAGGAUAAAGCGGUCCGAUUUUCCCUCAGAUUUUAUGUUUGGUUCGUCAACAUCUGCUUAUCAGGUCGAAGGUGCUUGGGCCACAGGAGGUAAAAGUCAAAGCAUCUGGGAUGUCUUCACAAUGAGAACACCUGGUAAAAUUGAGGGUGGAGCUAAUGGGUGUGUUGCAAUUGAUCAAUAUAAUUUGUGGAAGGAAGAUGUGGCUUUGUUAAAGAAAGUGGGCUUAGACUCUUACAGAUUUUCAAUAGCAUGGACCAGAGUAUUGCCAGGGGGAAGAUUAUCUGCUGGGAUAAACAAAGAAGGAAUCAAGUACUAUAAUGAUCUUAUAGACUUGCUUUUGGCUGAAGGCAUUGAACCGUGUGCAACUAUUUUCCACUGGGAUGUUCCCCAAUGUUUGGAAGAAGAGUACGGUGGCUUCUUGAGCCCUCGAAUUGUGAAAGAUUAUUGUGAGUUUGCCGAGCUUUGCUUUUGGGAAUUCGGUGCUCGAGUGAAACAUUGGAUCACACUGAAUGAGCCGAUGUCCUUUGCUGUUCAAGGAUAUGCAUUGGGUGGUUUUGCGCCUGGUCGUGGUCCAACUUCGGCAGAGCCUGUAAAGGCUAUCCAUCCUCAUAGAUGUAAACUUGGGGCUCCAACUCCUUGCUCUAAUGGAAAUCCGGGCACGGAACCAUAUAUUGUGGGACACCAUUUGAUCCUUUCUCAUGCAGAAGCGGUAGAUAUCUACAGGAAAAGAUAUCAGGCACAUCAAGGAGGCAAGAUAGGAAUAACAAAUGUCACUCAUUGGUAUGAGCCACUCACUGACACCAUAGCUGAUAAAGAGGCCGUUUCCAGGGCCCUCGAUUUUACGUUGGGAUGGUUCGUAGCACCAGUAGUAACUGGUGACUACCCACCAGUUAUGCGAAAAUUAGUUGGAGACCGUCUUCCUCAAUUUACACAAGAACAAGCUAAGUUGGUGAAAGGGACAUAUGAUUUUCUAGGCAUAAACUAUUACACAAGUAAUUAUGCUAGCAAUUCACCUAGCAAACCUGGUACAGCACCAAGUUACUCAAAUGAUCAGGAUAUUGCAUUAUCAAGUGAGCGUGAUGGGAGACCUAUUGGUCCAAAGGGUGGUUCAGAUUGGUUGUCAAUUUUUCCAAUUGGGAUCUACAAGCUGUUGCUUUAUAUAAAGGAAACAUAUAAUAAUCCUAUCAUUUACAUCACAGAGAAUGGGGUGGAUGAAGUGAACAAUACGUCCCUAACAUUGUCAGAAGCUCGGUUUGAUGAGACGAGGAUUAAAUAUCACCAAGACCAUCUCUCUUAUAUUAAGAAAGCAAUGGAAGAAGGAGUGGAUGUGAAAGCUUACUAUAUAUGGUCAAUGUUUGAUACUUUCGAAUGGGCUGCAGGAUACAGUGUUAGAUUUGGUCUUUUUUACGUAGAUUUCGUUAAUGGCAAUUUGACUAGAUUCCCAAAAAUCUCUGCUAUAUGGCUAAUGAAUUUCUUGAACAAGAAGAGAAUCGCAUCGAAGAGACAAGCUCCAAAAGAUGAAGAGGAGCGAAGCUCUGUGAAAAGGUUAAGAAGCAGUGAAGCAUAA